GAGUUUUCUGAACGUAUUUACCGGUAAAAUUGUUCAAGCCCUAACCGAAAAACUCAGAUCAUCCCAUCCAUACUCAUGGCGAUUGCAAGAACAGGUGUUUUCGUCGACGACUACUUGGAAUGUAAAUCUCUAUCGCUAUUCACAAUCAAUUUCAAUUGAUCAUUUCUCAUUUAUACAUAACAUAUGCAAGCACAUUGCCUGCUGAGCUCCAGAGACUUCUCAAUACUGUCCGAGAACUCGAUGAUCGGUCACAAGCUAUGAUAAAUCAGACGAGGCAGCAAACUAAGUACUCUUUGGGUUUGGCGACUCAAAGCACAAAGAAAGUGAAUUACGAAGAAGAUGAUGCAACUUUGAAAAAGGAUAUAGAGGCGAGCCAGGAUAAUGCUUUAAGUCUUUGUACCGAGAAGGUAUUAUUGGCGCGGCAAGCUUAUGACCUUAUAGAUAGCCAUAUAAAGCGGCUUGAUGAGGAUUUAAACAACUUUGCAGAUGACCUGAAGCAAGAGGGAAAACUAUCACCAGAUGAGCCGGCAAUCCUUCCCCCAUUGCCUUUGGUCCCCAAAAGUGAAAAGCGGAAACCACUCUAUGUAACUCCUCAGUCAAGGAAAUAUACUUAUUUGGAUAGGGCUUGGGAACGAGAUCGUGAGAGGGACUUUGAGCUCAUGCCUCCUCCAGGCAGUCUUAAGAAGGAUUAUGCCCCUAUUGAAAUUGAUCAGCCUAUUGACCCUAAUGAACCAACAUACUGCGUCUGUCAUCAGGUAUCAUUCGGGGAUAUGAUAGCUUGUGACAAUGAAAAUUGCCAAGGAGGUGAAUGGUUCCAUUACCAAUGUGUUGGGCUCACACCAGAGACAAGGUUCAAAGGGAAAUGGUUUUGUCCAACCUGCAGGCAAAUACCAGUGUAGUAGGUUUGUGCAUUAUGCUGCUUACAGGCUACAGCAUAUAAUCAUCUAUGCUUACAAGUUGUGAGUAUCCCCGUGUGUAUAUAUAUACAGAACAAUUUAGAUAUAUUGCCUGUAAUAUCACAAGAGUACUUACUGAGAGUUCUUCAGCCAAAUGCUGAAUCUUGUGCCAGGUUUAUUUUGUGUCUGUAUUUGCACGUUUGGUAUUUGUUUUUUUUGUCACGGGACUUUCAUGUCAAUGAAUUGUACUAACAUAUAAUAUUGAAAGGAUGAAAUGAAGAGUUUCUUUCGUA